GUGGGAUGGGAUGGGGAUGGAAACAGCCUCCCUCCCCAACCCCCUCUCUCCGCAGGGAGAACCGGGAAUCGCGGGCUUCAAAGGCGAGCAGGGACCCAAGGGUGAGACGGGCCCCGCGGGACCCCAAGGUGCCCCCGGGCCGGCGGGCGAGGAAGGCAAGAGAGGAGCCCGCGGCGAACCGGGCGCUGCCGGUCCUUUGGGACCCCCGGGAGAACGGGGCGCUCCCGGCAACCGCGGCUUUCCGGGACAGGACGGGCUGGCCGGACCCAAGGGCGCUCCGGGCGAGCGCGGCCCCGCCGGGCUGGCGGGUCCCAAAGGAGCCACCGGAGACCCCGGACGGCCCGGAGAGCCCGGACUGCCCGGAGCCAGGGGCCUCACGGGCCGCCCCGGUGACGCUGGUCCCCAAGGCAAAGUCGGCCCCACCGGUGCCCCCGGCGAGGAUGGGCGCCCCGGCCCCCCCGGCCCACAGGGUGCCCGUGGCCAACCCGGUGUGAUGGGAUUCCCCGGCCCCAAAGGUGCCAACGGUGAGCCUGGCAAAGCUGGUGAGAAGGGACUGCCCGGUGCCCCGGGGCUGCGGGGGCUCCCUGGCAAGGAUGGUGAGACAGGAGCUGCCGGACCCCCGGGACCCGCCGGCCCCGCAGGUGAGAGGGGAGAGCAGGGAGCCCCCGGACCCUCCGGCUUCCAGGGGCUGCCCGGGCCACCAGGUGCCCCCGGAGAGAGCGGCAAACCCGGAGAUCAGGGUGUUCCUGGAGAAGCCGGAGCACCCGGUCUUGUUGGUCCCAGAGGCGAGCGCGGCUUCCCCGGCGAGCGCGGCUCUCCCGGCGCCCAAGGGCUGCAGGGACCCCGCGGGCUGCCCGGGACCCCCGGCACCGACGGGCCCAAGGGUGCCACCGGCCCCGCCGGCCCCAACGGCGCCCAGGGACCCCCGGGGCUGCAGGGGAUGCCCGGGGAGAGAGGAGCGGCCGGAAUCGCCGGUCCCAAGGGAGACAGGGGAGACGUCGGCGAGAAGGGCCCCGAGGGAGCCCCCGGCAAGGACGGAGCCCGUGGUCUGACGGGUCCCAUCGGCCCCCCCGGCCCCGCCGGCCCCAACGGCGAGAAGGGUGAAUCCGGCCCCCCCGGUCCAUCUGGUGCUGCCGGUGCCCGCGGUGCCCCCGGGGACCGUGGGGAGCCCGGAGCCCCCGGUCCCGCUGGAUUUGCCGGACCCCCGGGCGCCGACGGGCAACCGGGUGCCAAAGGCGAGCAGGGAGAGCCCGGGCAGAAGGGUGACGCCGGUUCCCCUGGUGCCCAAGGCCCCUCUGGAGCCCCUGGCCCACAGGGUCCAACUGGUGUAACUGGUCCCAAAGGAGCCCGGGGUGCUCAAGGACCCCCUGGAGCCACUGGAUUCCCCGGAGCUGCUGGACGCGUCGGACCCCCCGGCCCUAACGGUAACCCAGGCCCCCCCGGGCCCCCCGGCUCCGCUGGCAAGGACGGUCCCAAGGGCGCUCGAGGCGACGCCGGACCCCCGGGCCGUGCCGGGGACCCCGGGCUGCAGGGCCCCGCCGGCCCCCAAGGGGAGAAGGGAGACCCCGGCGAGGACGGUCCCGCGGGUCCUGACGGGCCCCCGGGUCCCCAAGGCUUGGCGGGACAGCGCGGCAUCGUCGGCCUGCCCGGGCAGCGCGGGGAGAGGGGCUUUCCUGGCCUGCCGGGGCCGUCGGGAGAACCCGGCAAACAAGGAGCCCCUGGUUCUGCUGGCGACCGAGGACCCCCCGGCCCCGUGGGUCCCCCCGGCCUGACGGGUCCCGCUGGAGAACCCGGCCGAGAGGGAAAUCCCGGCUCCGACGGGCCCCCGGGAAGAGACGGCGCGGCUGGAGUGAAGGGCGAUCGAGGCGAGACGGGGCCCGUGGGUGCCCCCGGUGCUCCCGGUGCUCCCGGCGCUCCCGGGCCCGUGGGUCCCACCGGCAAACAAGGAGACAGAGGCGAGACGGGUGCACAAGGUCCCAUGGGUCCCUCUGGCCCCGCUGGCGCUCGGGGGAUGCCGGGUCCCCAAGGGCCUCGUGGUGACAAGGGCGAGACGGGAGAGGCUGGAGAGAGAGGGCUGAAGGGUCACCGUGGCUUCACCGGCCUGCAGGGUCUCCCUGGCCCCCCCGGUCCUUCUGGAGACCAAGGUGCUGCUGGUCCCGCAGGUCCCUCUGGUCCCAGGGGUCCCCCCGGCCCCGUGGGCCCCUCUGGCAAGGACGGCUCCAACGGCAUGCCCGGCCCCAUCGGCCCCCCCGGGCCCCGCGGGCGGAGCGGAGAACCCGGCCCCGCGGGUCCUCCCGGAAACCCAGGUCCCCCCGGCCCCCCCGGCCCGCCCGGCACCGGCAUCGACAUGUCAGCGUUCGCGGGGCUGGGGCAGCCCGAGAAGGGCCCCGACCCCAUCCGGUACAUGAGGGCGGACGAGGCCGCCGGGAGCCUGAGGCAGCACGACGUGGAGGUGGACGCCACGCUCAAGUCCCUCAACAACCAGAUCGAGAGCAUCCGCAGCCCCGAGGGCUCCAAGAAGAACCCGGCCAGGACCUGCCGCGACAUCAAGCUCUGCCACCCCGAGUGGAAGAGCGGAGACUAUUGGAUCGACCCCAACCAGGGCUGCACCUUGGACGCCAUCAAAGUCUUCUGCAACAUGGAGACGGGCGAGACCUGCGUGUACCCCAACCCCAGCAGCAUCCCCAGGAAGAACUGGUGGACCAGCAAGGCCAAAGAGAAGAAGCACAUCUGGUUUGCAGAGACCAUCAACGGCGGUUUCCACUUCAGCUACGGUGACGAAGACCUGGCCCCCAACACCGCCAACAUCCAGAUGACCUUCCUGCGCCUCCUGUCCACCGAGGGCUCCCAGAACGUCACCUACCACUGCAAGAACAGCGUGGCCUACCUGGACGAGGACACCGGCAACCUGAAGAAAGCCCUGCUCAUCCAGGGCUCCAACGACGUGGAGAUCCGCGCCGAGGGCAACAGCAGGUUCACCUACAGCGUCCUGGAGGACGGAUGCACGAAACACACCGGCAAGUGGGGCAAGACGGUCAUCGAGUACCGGUCGCAGAAGACCUCGCGCCUGCCCAUCGUGGACAUUGCACCUAUGGACAUUGGUGGAGCCGAGCAGGAGUUUGGCGUAGACAUUGGCCCAGUCUGCUUCUUGUAAAAAAACAAACAAACAAAAAAAAAAACCACGAGAAAAGGAUUGUUUUACUUGUGCGUUCGUUCGUCGGUUGCCGUUCGUUGUGGUGUUUUGUU